CCUCGCCCUCUCUUCACUUCAUUCUCGUUUCAAAGUGAAGAUAGAUAUAAAGAUAUGCCAUCUUGAUAGAACCCUCUCUGAUCUUGUGCGGAUGCCUCGAGCCUCCUCGCCCAGCUAUCGCGCACCGACAUGUCGUCCACGAGCAGCGCCGGCUCGGACAGACCGGACCAUCCCGUUUUCGCAGCAUGUUCAACUUUGGACGGUCGUGUGCCCAAAAAGAUACCUUUCAGGUCGGCAAAGACCAUCACUGUCAGCGCAUUGAAAGAGAGGAUCAGUCAGACGUUCUCGUUAGCGACCACCUCGGCAUUUCAUAUCGCCUAUCACGAUGACGAGGAAGGAGAUGACUGUCUCGUUCAGACCGAAGACGAGUUGACCGAUGCCAUCUGGUAUUUCAUGUCUGGCAGCGACGAGGACGACAUCACUAAUGGAAACGGCCACCGCUCAAAUUCGAAUAGUACCAACGUCGCGGUACCAAAGAGAUGCAUCACACUCCAAUUCCAGGUCGUCUUCGAGUACAAUGGUCCCAGCUUGUCGGACACUUCUUCCUUGGCCGGAAGCUUGCCUGACCUGGACGAUCUCGACGUGGAAGACGAGUACGCCAGUUCGGCUUAUACUUCUUCCAGCUCGGCCAUCUCGGGUGCGACCAGCGGACGGGGCGGAUCAGGGUGGAAUGGAUACAGGACAAGGAGGGUCAGAGAUGAGAUCAUCGCCGAGGAGAGCGAGUCUAGUUUGAGCCAUAGCCAAGGGUCUAUCAGGGGGACGAGUUCGAUAGAUCUGGAACGCCCGGAUGAGGAGACUAGGUCGAAUGGGACGGUUUCCUUUCGGGAGACGAACAGUUCCCUGGAUUUGAGCUUGAACCCGGAGUCGAACUUGUCACCAGCGACAAGCGGACGGCCUCGAGACCUAACCAUACAGACCCGCUCCGCCAGUCCAUACGAUCACUCCCACCAACACAACCCAUUCGACCCGCUUUCGAACCAGUCCUUGUAUCGACCAGGCAGACCGGCCUCCAUCUCUAGCUCGUCCAUCACCUCGUCUGAACUGGGGGCGAGGUGGAUAGAAGAACAGAAAGCUAGAGUGGCUAGGAAGAUCGCGUCGAGGUCGACGAGCUCGAGCUCCAGAUCAGGGUCUGGAUCAGGGUCAGAGAGGCGGACGAGUCGGAGGAGUGAAAGCGAAGAUGAGCAGGGGCAGGUGGGAACGGAAUAUGAAGAGGGAAAAGGUAAUUUGGCUUUGAAAGUGGAUGGCCGAGGUAAAUGGUACUAUGCGUACACAUCGUCUGACAUGACCACGGCCUUCCCGGCGUCACACAACCGAGCCUCAACCUCUUCCCAACCCCGCUUGACCGUCCACCUAAACGGAUCCACCUCAACAUUCACCACAAGCCAUACGUCCCGUUCUGGAAUGACUGAAGAGCCGUUCGAAGAACCGACUUAUCCGCCUUCAACGGCUCCUGAUUGUUCCGCGUGCGAGAUGAGGCUCGAGUACAUGCGGUAUGUGUGUACGAUCUGUGGACCGGGAAAGCUGUAUAGCGCGGCAGAGAGAGCGUACUUGCGUGGAAACGACCACGAUCACGAUCACGAGGUGGGGACCGUGCUUGGGUACCCGAACGGUCGGGCGCGAAGGCCGAGUUCGGCCGGGCAGGAUGAAAGUGAUGGCGAGUCGACCACCUCGACCAGGAGAGCAUCGAGUGUACUUCGACAUCCGCUUGACAAUGGUUCGGAUGAGAGUCUCCGCUCGGGAGACCGGGAUGGGGACCGGGGGAGGUCCUUGGAGGAGGUCGUCUCUCCGCUUGCCCCAUCCCGUCCGUUAUCAAACCCGUUCGCGUCGAGCGAUGCUGAACCAGGAGAGGGAAUGCACACGCACGAGGUCUUGUCCGCCAACGGAACGAGGAACAGGGCCUUUAAUGGGUUUGAGCUCUGUCCGGGAUGUAUCGAGGUGCAUGGAAUCGACCAUACGCGGAUGAUGGGGUUGAAGGCGAUCAGGCAUAAUGGAAUGAACGGGAUGGCAGGCAAGUUGAGACGGUUUGGUGUGAUGGAUCAUACCUAUAGGGAGAUGAUCUGGAGCGCUACGGGGUGGCGGGAUAUCAAGUACAUGGACGAUGCGAAUUGCUCCAUCUGCAAUGCCAAUACUGAGCAGAAUCGCUUCAAAUGCGCGACAUGUCCCGACUUCAACCUGUGUCGAUCUUGUCAUCAAAAUGUGCAAGAAAUCCACCCUAUCCAUGCCUUCCUAGCGGUUCCGGACCGGGUUCCAAAGUUAAAACCUCCUGCGUCCGUCUUUUCGGUCGAAACGAGUGGUCCUGAAAUAUCCUCGGUCAUACAUCCUGGCGCAUUCUGUCACAACUGUCUUCGCGAUAUAAGGGGAUCGCGGUUCCACUGUACGACAUGUCCAGCUUGGGAUCUUUGUCGUGAAUGUCAGACAUCCGGAACCGAGUCGUCCGGCGCUGGACCGCAUCUACCAGACCAUUUGAUGUUGGAGAUUCCGCUGCCCCUGCUAUCUCACAGCUUGCACCAGCUUGCCGACCGAGCACGACAUAUGUGGCUUCACCAGGACUCGGUAUUGCUCGCCAACGGGGGGUUUCCAGGCCAACAGGAUCGUAGGCGGGCAGCCUCCCCCGACAACGACAAUGAGACGAUCUAUGGAGGCGCUAUUCCACCGCCUCGAGCUUCAGAAGUAGCGCGAACGCCCCGGCGGAGAAAGGAGACCCUCGAGCACGAUCUCGUAUGCCAAGGCUGUAGCAACCGGAUUCGGGGCCGGCGAUUUCAGUGUGUCAAUUGCCCCUCGGAUCCCGUGGGCUAUAACCUUUGCGCCUCUUGUGAAACGCGUUCACAUUUGCUACACGACCCCAUGCACGUAUUUGCGCAAUUUACCCGCCGCGCGCAUUUUCCGCUGCGAAGUGGGAUUCCUCUCCUACCCAUUCUCUACCGCAAGCCUGUGGGCGAAGUUCGCAGUGUUGUCGACUCUUCCAACCCUAACGCGUACCUUGAGCACGUUGUGCAUCACUCAACCUUAUGUGACAUCCACGUCGGGCCGAUACAAGGACCUUGGUUGAGAUGCGCUCACUGCGCGAGCAGCUUUGAUAUCUGCCGCGCAUGCGAAACCGUCGUCGAACAUGAUCCAACACAUAUUUUCCUCGUUCUCAAAGCCGAAGUGAACAUGCCUCUGUUCCGCGGCCUGGCAUCACUUUCAGAACCUCAUAAUCGACCGCUGAUAAGUCAAAGGGUCUAUGCAUAGAUUUGUUUCAUACAACGUUGUAAUCUCAUAUAGUUUGGCCGUGGCCUUCCUCUGCCAAUCCACUCCAUAAGCGAUCGAUUCGUGUUUGUCGAAAAGUGCUGUUUGUUUCCACUCGC